CAGGGCCUCCUCCCCCUUCCCCAAGGGGAUGGCGGUUAACCCCGGCGGGAGCUGCGGCGGAACUCUGGCUCUGCCAGCGGCUCCCAGGGGUUGGCUGGAGCUGGGAGGAGGGCGCUAAGGCUGCGCUAGGUUGAGGAGCCAGACUGUUAGGGUGCUUCAGCUCCAGACCGGCCGGAAGUUCAGGAAGUCCCGCAAAGCAUCACCAUGUCUUCUACCCCAGACACCUGCUAUAUUGAGGAUUUUAAAGUUGGAAAUCUGCUUGGUAAAGGAUCGUUUGCUGGUGUCUAUAGAGCUGAGUCCAUUCACACUGGUUUGGAAGUUGCAAUAAAAAUGAUAGAUAAAAAAGCCAUGUGUAAAGCUGGAAUGGUACAGCGAGUGCAAAAUGAGGUGAAAAUACAUUGCCAGUUGAAACAUCCAUCUAUCUUGGAGCUCUAUAACUAUUUUGAAGAUAACAAUUAUGUAUACCUGGUCUUAGAAAUGUGUCAUAAUGGAGAAAUGAACAGGUAUUUAAAGAACAGAAUGAAACCUUUCUCAGAAAAUGAAGCUCGACAUUUCAUGCACCAGAUCAUCGCAGGACUGUUGUAUCUUCAUUCUCAUGGUAUAUUACACCGGGACCUAACACUUUCUAAUCUCUUACUUACUCAUAAUAUGAACAUCAAGAUUGCUGAUUUUGGGCUGGCAACUCAACUGCAAAUGCCACACGAAAAGCACUAUACAUUAUGUGGAACUCCUAAUUACAUUUCACCAGAAAUUGCAACUCGAAGUGCACAUGGACUGGAAUCAGAUAUUUGGUCCUUAGGCUGUAUGUUUUAUACGUUACUUAUUGGGAGACCACCUUUUGAUACUGAUACAGUCAAGAACACAUUAAAUAAAGUAGUAUUGGCAGAUUAUGAAAUGCCAACAUUUUUGUCAAGAGAGGCCAAGGACCUUAUUCAUCAGUUACUUCGUAGAAAUCCAGCAGAUCGUUUAAGUCUGUCUUCAAUAUUGGACCAUCCUUUUAUGUUUCGAAAUUCAACAAAAAGAGAUUUAGGGACUGUAGAAGACUCAAUUGAUAGUGGACAUGCCACAAUUUCUACUGCUGUUACAGUUUCUUCCAAUACCAGUAUAGGUGGUAGUUUAUUUGACAGAAGAAGACUUUUAAUUGGUCAACCACUCCCAAAUAAAAUGACUGUAUUCCCAAGGAAUAAAAAUUCAAGUGAAUUUUCUUCCGGAGAUGGAAGCAGUUUUUGUAUACAGUGGGGAAAUCAAGAAGAAAGCAGUAACAGUAGAAGGGGUAGAGUAAUCCAAGAUGCAGAAGAAAGGCCACAUUCUCGAUACCUACGGAGAGCACAUUCCUCUGAUAGAUCAAGCAGUUCUAAUAGUCAGUCUCGAACAAAAACAUGUGGGAUGGAACGGUGUCACUCAGCAGAAAUGCUUUCAAAGUCUAAUAAAAGCUCAGGAGUGGAAGAAAAUGAAGAUAAUGACAAUAUUUUCCAUUUCUUUAAAGAAAAAACAUCCAGUGGUUCUGGAUCUUUUGAAAGACCGGAUAACAAUCAAGCACUCUCCAAUCAUCUUUGUCCAGGAAAAACUCCAUUUUCAGACCAAACACCUCAGAUCGAAAUGGUACAGCAGUGGUUUGGGAAUCUGCAAAUGAAUGCUCAUUUAAGAGAAACUACUGAGCACAACAACGUUAGCCCAAACAGAGAUUUCCAGGGCCAUACAGAUUUGCGGGACACAUCAAGAAAUGCCUGGGCUGAUACAAGAGUCAGAAAAGGCUCUGGUGCUUCUGAUAAUGCACAUUCUAUAAAGCAGCCGAAUACCAUGAAAUAUGUGACGGGACUUUGUGGUAAACCCGAGAUAAUUCAGCAAGAACCUAUUUUUGGCUUAGAUCCUCUUUGUGAACAAAGCAAGACUAGGGGUAUGGAGUCAACAUUUGGUCAUCAGAAACAUUCGUUACGAAGCAUUACAUCUCCUUUGGUUGCUCACAGGUUAAAACCAAUCAGACAGAAAACCAAAAAAGCUGUGGUGAGCAUACUUGAUUCAGAGGAGGUAUGUGUGGAGCUUCUAAAGGAGCAUACAUCUCAAGAAUAUGUGAAGGAAGUUCUUCAAAUAUCUAGUGAUGGGAAUAUGAUCACUGUUUAUUAUCCAAAUGAUGGAAGAGGCUUUCCUCUUACUAAUAGACCACCCUUGCCUACUAACAACAUCACUAGGUACAGUUUUGACAAUUUACCAGAAAAAUACUGGAGAAAAUACCAAUAUGCUUCCAGAUUUGUACAGCUUGUCAGAUCUAGGUCUCCGAAAAUCACCUAUUUUACAAGAUAUGCUAAAUGUAUUUUGAUGGAGAAUUCUCCUGAUGCUGAUUUUGAGGUUUGGUUUUAUGAUGGAGCAAAAAUACACAAAACAGAAGAUUUUAUUCAAGUGAUUGAGAAGACUGGGAAAUCUUAUAAUUUAAAACAUGAAAAUGAAGUUAAUAGCUUGAAAGGGGAGAUAAAAAUAUAUAUGGACCAUGCUAAUGAGGGUCAUCGUAUUUGUUUAGCACUGGAAUCUAUAAUUACAGAAGAGGAAAAGAAGAGUAGAAGUGCACCCUUUUUCCCCAUAAUCGUAGGAAGAAAACCUGCUUGUACUCAUUCACCCAAGGCUUUACCCGAUUCUCCUAUGGAUCCAAGCAGCUCAGUGAGAGAUGGACCAUCUUUGAAUAAAUUGGUCAGGAGUAGUGCUGCUUGUCCCUCACAGGCACCAGUACUUAAUCCUUCUGUAGUUACAGCUGAAGGACUUGGUCAGAUAACUACAGCCUCAGGAACAAACAACUCUUCUAACAGUCCAAAAGAUUGUCUUCCUAAAUCAGCACAGCUUUUAAAAUCUGUUUUUGUGAAAAAUGUUGGUUGGGCUACACAGCUAACUAGUGGAGCUGUGUGGGUUCAAUUUAAUGAUGGGUCACAGCUGGUGGUCCAGGCUGGAGUAUCUUCUAUCAGUUACACAUCACCAAAUGGUCAGACAACUAGGUAUGGAGAACAUGAUAAAUUGCCAGAAUACAUCAAACAGAAAUUACAGUGUCUUCGUUCUAUCCUUUCAAUGUUUUCUAAUCCAACUUCUACAUUUCUUUGAUUAAAACUCUUUUCAGAUUAUCUAUAUUUAAUAAAUAACUGAUUGGCUUUCAAAUAAAGUGAUUCUUUUUUAAUAUAACUUCUUCAGAAAGCCUAUUAAAGCAAAUUUGAAUUUAUACCAUGAAGAAUAUAUGCUGAGAACAAAGUUGAAUGAAAUUUGAGUCGCUUACCAAAUACGGUGAUCAUAAAGUGAAACAAGAUAUCUAAUUUUGCUCUGAGGAUGUACACCUGCAAACUUAUUCUCCAUAUGUUUGUAUUGUACAAUUUUUUUUAGAAGCAAAAAUCUAAAUGGUGUGUGGUGUGUUUGUAUUUUUACUGUUUUCCUACUCAGACAUGUUGAGAAUCAUGGAUAAAAUAUGCUGUAGUUUUAGAACUUUCUAUAUGUAAAUAAUAUGUAUUUAUAAGUA